AUGGAAAAGGUAAAAAGAAAGAAAGAAAAGGGAAAAGAAGUGGAGGAACUCUUUUCUUUCUCUGAGUCUGACCGAUGAGAUGAGCUGAGCUGAGCUGAUCAGACGAACACCGAACGCUCACUUCGCAGUCUUCGGAUUCAUCUCACAGACUGACCGACAGACACGCACAGUAAGAGACACCAAACGAAGUUUCCCGUCUCGGAUUCACUCUCACUUCACUCCCGAUCCUUGUCCGUCAAAGGAUUCAGUGGGAAGCAAGUUCAAUGCGGCAAGGAAAUCUCCCUCAGUCGAAGUGCUUUUUAUCGUGUGUCUAAAUUUUGUUAUGGCAGGAUACAUGCAAGUAUGGUUGACGAGAGAUUUUUGAUGAGCUGCAGUAGCUCUCUCCGAUCAAUGCUGAAAUGCCUCAUCAGAAUUAAUUGAAGCUUGCUACGUGGAGUGAGGGUCCUCAGAGGCUGCCCCUGAUAAGACCGACUGGCGACUGCUACAAGCUGAUAAAUAAUUCUCGAUGCUAUAGCCCCUGGAUCAAAUAACGCGUGAAGAUCAUUUAGGUCUAUCUUGAGGUGCUCAAUUUCAUAAUUUGUUUAUACUAUCAGAGCAUUGAGUAGCUCCACUCUGGGUAGAAGCUCUAAUAUGCGGUAGUGUGGCAUUGGUGAUGCAAUUGUCACCAAUGCGCCGUUCGGUUCUAUGCUGGAUUCUAUUGGAGUAUGUCUGCAUAUCUGCUGCAUCUCUAGAUUCAGGAUUUCACGUAGGAACUGAUGGGUCCAAUCCUCAGCUUCAUGACCUUGGGUCAGUCACAGGCAGUAUCUCAGGGAGGAGCAGCGCUAUCAGAACUAAAUCACCCGCCUUGUCAUUCCCAUCAAAUGAUUCAGUGUCUUGUGAGGACCUGGAAGGUGCAGGAUCAUUUAAUACCACCUGUUUGCUUAGUGCAAACUUGUAUUUAAGUUCAGAUCUUUCCAUCUAUGGUCUUGGAAAUAUUGAGAUACUACCACAUGUCUAUAUCUCUUGCCUGAUAGAAGGCUGCACCAUCAAUUUUAAUGUGUCUGGAUAUGUUAGAAUCGGUCAAAAUGCAGCUAUCCUUGCUGGUUCUCUUGUUUUUUCCGCUGCAAAUAUGACUCUUGAAAAUGGUGCUUCGAUAAAUACAACAUCAUUUGGUGGGGCACCUCCUUCCCAGACAAGCGGCACACCGGUGGGUUAUGAUGGUGCUGGUGGAGGACAUGGCGGGCGAGGAGCUUCUUGUGUGAAGAGCAACACGACAAGUUUUUGGGGAGGUGAUGUUUAUUCUUGGUCCAACUUGUCCGAGCCAUGGAGCUACGGAAGCAAGGGUGGGGGAACCUCUGAUAAGAAACAGUUUGGAGGGAAUGGUGGAGGGCGCAUCAAGCUUCUUGUGAAGGAUUUGCUGUAUUUAAAUGGAUCGGUGCUUGCAGAAGGUGGGGAUGGUGGACUUAAUGGGGGAGGAGGAUCUGGUGGAAGCAUCUUCAUGCACGCUGUAAAGCUGAAGGGAUAUGGUACCAUCAGUGCAGCAGGCGGAAGAGGAUGGGGAGGAGGUGGUGGAGGAAGAAUAUCUCUGGACUGUUACAGCAUACAAGAAGACAUCCGAAUCACUGUUCAUGGUGGAUCAAGUAUUGGCUGUCCGCAUAAUGCUGGAGCAGCUGGUACAUACUUCAAUGCAAAUCUACGGAGUUUAAGAGUUGGAAAUGACUAUAUUUCAACGGAAACGGAGACGCCUUUACUUGAUUUUCCCACGACCAAAUUAUGGUCUAAUGUCAUUGUGGAGAAUAAAGCAAAAGUGUUGGUCCCGCUACUUUGGACUAGAGUCCAGGUGCGUGGUCAAAUCAGUCUCUACCGUGAUAGCAGUAUCAUUUUUGGCCUAUCUGAUUUCCCAGUUUCAGAAUUUGAGCUGGUUGCUGAGGAGCUGUUAAUGAGUGAUUCCAUCAUUAAGGUUUAUGGUGCGCUUAGAGUUGCUGUUAAAAUGUUACUCAUGUGGAACUCGGAAAUUCAAAUUGAUGGCGGCGGAAACACAGUGGUCACCACUUCUGUUCUUGAAGUGAGAAAUCUUGUAGUUCUGAGGCAUAACUCCAUUAUCAGAUCAAAUACAAACCUGGCUGUAUAUGGCCAGGGACUACUCAAGUUAACAGGUCAUGGGGAUGCAAUCAAGGGCCAGCGACUUUCCUUGUCUCUGUUUUAUAAUAUAACUGUGGGUCCAGGCGCUAAACUUCAGGCUCCAUGGGAUGAUGAUGCCAGUAGAAGUGUUGUAACGAAAUCGCUCUGUGAGAGUCAGACAUGCCCAACAGAUAUAAUUACUCCUCCGGACGAUUGCCAUGUUAAUUAUACAUUAUCCUUUUCUCUACAAAUCUGUCGUGUGGAGGACAUUCUUGUAACUGGUCUCAUCAAGGGGAGCAUUAUUCACAUCCACAGGGCAAGGACAGUCAUUAUUGACCCUGAUGGGAUGAUCACUGCAUCUGAAUUAGGUUGCAGUGAUGGUAUUGGAAGGGGAAACUAUACUAACGGUGCUGGUAGUGGUGCUGGACAUGGGGGAAGAGGUGGCACAGGAUACUACAAUGGGAUAGUCUGCAAUGGUGGUCUAGAUUAUGGUAGCGCUGACCUUCCAUGUGAACUGGGAAGUGGAACAGAGGGUCCUAAUCAGUCGUAUGGGCACAUGGUUGGAGGCGGAAUGAUUGUGAUGGGAUCUACCCAAUGGCCGCUCCUUAAGCUUGAAGUUUAUGGAUUCUUGAGAGCCAAUGGUCAGGGCUAUACAAGAACUGGGAAUACCUCUCUACUUGGAAGGCUUGGAGGAGCUUCUGGUGGAACAAUACUUCUCUUCCUUCAAGAGAUUAAAUUAGUCAAGAAUUCAUCAUUAUCUGUUCUUGGCGGAAAGGGUGGCUCCUUUGGAGGUGGUGGUGGAGGAGGUGGGAGAGUUCAUUUUCACUGGUCUAAGAUUGAUGUUGGGGAGGAAUACGUUCCGAUUGCCACUAUUGAAGGCUCCAUUGAUAGCAGUGGAGGAGCUGGUGCUAAUGGCAGUUCUGAUGGAGAGAAGGGCACAAUAACUGGAAAGAGGUGUCCCAAGGGUCUCUAUGGUACAUUCUGCAAGGAAUGCCCAGUUGGCACUUACAAAAAUGUGGAUGGUUCUGAUGCAAGUCUUUGUACUCCUUGCUCUCUUGACCUGCUUCCUAGACGUGCAUAUUAUAUAUACGUAAGAGGAGGGGUCAGAGGGCCUUCCUGUCCAUACAAAUGUAUAUCUGACAAGUACCGAAUGCCAAAAUGCUACAAUCCUGUUGAAGAGCUCAUGUAUACUUUUGGGGGGCCCUUGCCUUUUGCUCUUCUCUUGUCUUGCCUGUUGGUGCUUCUAGCUUUAUUGCUAAGUACUUUGAGAAUUAAGGUAGUGGGACCCGGCUGUGGUUAUUACAAGGAAACCCCAAAUGAGCGCCACAGUCAUCACCAUUUUCCAUAUCUUCUUUCUCUAUCAGAGGUUCGCGGGGCGAGAGCUGAAGAGACUCAGAGUCAUGUUCACAGGAUGUAUUUUAUGGGUCCUAAUACUUUUAGAGAGCCAUGGCAUCUUCCUUAUUCUCCUCCCGACUCUGUUAUUGAUAUAGUUUAUGAAGAUGCUUUCAACAGAUUCAUAGAUGAGAUUAAUUCCGUUGCUGCAUAUGACUGGUGGGAGGGAUCAAUACACAGCAUACUGUCAGUUCUCGCCUAUCCCUGUGCUUGGUCCUGGAAACAAUGGCGUCGAAGAAAGAAAAUCCACCGCCUUCAGGAAUAUGUUAAGUCUGAAUAUGAUCAUUCGUGUCUUCGCUCUUGCAGGUCUCGAGCUCUAUACAAGGGCAUGAAGGUGGGGGCAACACCAGACUUGAUAGUUGCAUAUAUAGAUUUCUUUCUUGGUGGUGAUGAGAAGCGUUUGGACAUCGUAUCUAUCAUAGAGAAGAGAUUCCCAAUGUGCAUUCUCUUUGGCGGGGAUGGAAGCUAUAUGUCACCUUACAGCAUUCACAGUGAUAUUUUAUUGACUAAUCUUCUUGGCCAGCAUGUUCCAGCGACUGUUUGGAAUCGAUUGGUGGCUGGUUUGAAUGCUCAGUUGAGGACUGUGAGGCAUGGAUCGAUUCGGACAUCAUUGCGCCCCGUCCUUGAUUGGAUAAACAGUCAUGGGAACCCACAGCUUGAGUUUCAUGGGGUCAAGAUUGAUCUUGGGUGGUUUCAAGCAACAGCUUCGGGUUACUAUCAACUGGGUAUCUUGGUAUCUGUCGGUGAUUUCUCACUUCAGACUUUGAACCAGUACCCUUCAUCAGAAAGAAAUGAUGAAUGCUCCAGGAAAAAUGAUGAUUCUGCAAGAAAAGGAAUUAAGCAUCCGCAACAGAUUCCAGCAUAUUCAAGUCAUGUGCUAGCUCGGAAGAGAAUAACUGGAGGAAUAAAUGGUGGAGUCAUAAAUGAUGCUACUUUAAGAUCUUUGCAAUUUAAGAGGGAUUAUGCUUUUCCCAUGUGCCUAUUGUUGCGGAACAUGAGACCAAUUGGUCAUCAGGUGGAUACGACGCAGUAUAUCAUCACGGUCAUGCUCUUAGCAGAUCUAUCUGUCACGCUCCUCACAUUGCUUCUCUAUUAUUGGAUCUCUCUGGGGGCCUUUCUUGCUGUUCUACUAGUUCUUCCUCUUUCUCUGCUCUCUCCUUUCCCGGCAGGACUGAAUGCCUUGUUUAGUAAAGAACCUAGAAGAGCUUUGCUUGCUCGUGUAUAUGCUUUAUGGAAUGCUGCAUCUUUAUCUAAUAUCAUUGUGGCCUUCAUUUGCGGCAUUAUUUAUUAUGGGAUUUCCUCAUUUCAGCCACCAAGCAAGUCAAAUUCAUCGAGCAGUAAAAGGGAUGAUGAUCAGUGGUGGCUCUUCCCCACCAUCCUUGUGUUCUUCAAGGCCAUACAAGCUCGUUUCGUCGACUGGCAUGUAGCAAACCUGGAAGUACAAGAUUUGACUCUCUUCGACUCCGAUCCCAACACAUUUUGGGCACAUGAGUCUUCAUGACCGCCUCCUUUGUGAUUAAUGGUGAAGCUACUGCUCCUCCUGUACAUAACAAUUUUCUGACCUUGCCUAGGAGAGUUUUCCGAGUACAUAGAUGUGCAUAUCGUCUUCAGAGCUUAGUGGAUAGUCAAAGAUUUAUUUCAUUGUAUUUCCCAUCGUUCGGUACAUGGAGACUGAACUUUUGACCUGGCCAGUCCAUCCGGUACUGAGAGAAGUAUGCAUAUGUUUCCCCCUUUCACUCCCGUUAAUUCGGCUUACCUUACAUGA